UCACGCGCCAUCUCGUCCCCACCGCUAAUCGCUAUGCACUAGAACACGACACCUCCUCAAGGCCUUGAAGCCAUUAUCUGUCAGCCAACCGCGCGCGUCCUCCUCACACACACAGCGCCCGGCAGCUCGCGAUGGCUCCAGACCUCGAGCCGCUGCUCCCCCGCGCCGGUCACCGCCCCGCCACCGGCGGCUGGAGGUCGGCUCUGUUCAUAAUCUGGGUGGAGGUGGCGGAGCGGUUCGCGUACCACGGCAUCUCGGCCAACCUCAUCAGCUACCUGACCGGCCCGCUCGGGGAGAGCACGGCAGCCGCCGCCGCGGCCGUCAACGCGUGGUCGGGCGCCGCGUCGAUGCUGCCGCUGCUCGGCGCCGCCGUGGCCGACUCGUGGCUGGGGCGGUACCGCACCAUCGUCGCCUCCUUCGUGCUCUACAUCACGGGAUGCUUCAUCGUUUUGAUCCGGUGGAAGUCCGGAGCUCGGCGCGGCCGGCAGCCGGCUUCGCACGGCCGAGCCUCGCGGCCGUCGGGCGGCCGGCCGGAGUGGCGCGCCUCCACUUACUCCGGCGGGGGGCCUAGGCUAGGAAGCACCGUAGCCCAUCGUAGACCUCCGGGGAAGGGUUUAGGCCAGCCGCAGCCGCUGGAGAAGCUUUGAUUCGGCGGCGGCCGAAAAAGAAUCGCCGACUAUGGGCGUCGGGCCCGGCAGGCGGGCGAGUCGGGCGGGUGGCGGCUGGUCACGCGGAAGUGAAAGGAAUGGCAAUUGGGCGGUUACGCGAGGUCGUGUUUUUACAUCUUCACAUGGUGGAGAUGUAAAUUUGUACCGUGAAUUGUUGUGGUUUAUAUCUCUUAGGGAUGGAGGUGUAAUUUUUUUUACAUCUACACCAUCUAUUAGAGAGGUGUUUUUGACCCUCAAAAAUGCAAAAGUUAGAUAUUUUUGAAUCUACAUCUGGAGCCCAGUCUCUGGCGAGAAAUUCUGCCAAUGUCAUCGCGAGCGUGGCAGAGCAUCUCUCUACUUCUAGAUCUCCCUCCUCCAGCUCCUCCUCGGUGUUUCACUCACCAUUUUUUCUGUGUUAUUAUGUUAGUAUUCUCUCAUGCUCGCCAUCUCCCUCUAAAUAUUCAUAUUUUCAGGGGCUUCUCUCCUCCCCGCGGACAUCCUUGUGUAGCUCCAGAGGUUGAAAGUAUAAACAUCGAGUUUACAAAAGCCUAAACAUGAUAUAUUUGCAUGGUUCAUUUUACCCAUAAGCUCAAAGUAGCUUCUCCAUACGUGGACAGUAUAUUGGUCUAAUAUUAGUUGAUUCCAAGCAAUGUGUAUGCACACAAGAUUUAUAUUCUAAACACUAAAAUUUUGUAAAAUGAAUAAAUUGCAUGUGACAUCCAAACCACCUAAAAUAUUUUGAAUUGGAAUGUUAUAAAUUAAAUUCAUAUUAUAUCCAAAUUAGAUUGCAAUUUAAUUCAAUGAAAUGAACUCAAUUCUUUUAUUUUCUAACAUAAGUCACGUUUGUUGGCGAAUUAGUCAAAUACUCCAACAACAAAAAUUAUAUUAAUAAAAGACUUUCUUGAUCCAUGAAACCCAUGUAUAACA